AUGCUCACACUGAAACCUUUGUCUGAGUCUCCUACUGGAGGAAACCGAAUAUAUGUGAAGGUGUCAGAAUCAGAUUAUGAGGCUGCUCCAGUUAAAGUUACUAGCUCUUGUUCUCACUCUGCUUGUGAAACUGAUAAAGACAUGCCUAAUAGAGCAUUACCUUGUUUGCCUCAUGAAAAUAAUAUGGAACAAAAUGGGAAAGAUUUUGAACAGAAGUUGGAGGGAUAUGAAGAUAUAGAAGGACUGAUAAAGAGGCCACUGUCGGAGGAGCCCGGAGUAACUCCCACGGCUCCUCCUUCAGACCCACCAAAUUAUUCCACAGUUGCACAUUGGCAAUUCCAGAUGCCCUUGCCUACUGAUAUAAACAAAAUAUUAUUAGAUUUAGAACCUGGGGAUGAGAUUGCUUCUCCCACAUGGAGAAGAAAUGAGGAUUUCCUUGCAUUUCCGAUACAGCAGCAGCAGAUGCCACCGGAUCUGCAACAAUAUCCCCAAUAUCCAAAUGGUGGCCAUCAGGUGGCGCUUGGGGCAUCACUGGCAGUUCCAAGGUGCAAGGCUUUGAAGGAAAUGGAUUUAAUUAAAACUUCUGAGUCAGACUGUUACUGUUACCAUCAAAACCCCCAAAUUGAGUGGAAAUACAUAUGGUCAACUGUGCAGGUAAAGAUCACCAGUGCAGAUCUGCCCCGUAUUGCGUAUAUCACAGAAAGACACAUUUGCCAGGACCCAGAAACCAUUCUUUCUGUUAUGAAGUGUGCGAUCCACACAUUCUGGACCCCGAGUGAGUUUCAUGAAAUAGCCACGAACAUCUGUCCACACGGGGAGACCGUGUGCUUCUUUGUGAAACCGGCCAGAAGGCAUACAGUACACGUAACUCAACUAAGCAUUGUGGAUUUUAGGCUCAUCCUUCUGUUUGUGGCCAGCAUAGUCCUCUUCAGUCAUGCAGAGCGCUUGAGCCAAAGCCCCGUUUUUUAUUACUGCCUGGGGACGGCGCUGGGCGACCUGACGACACCGGUCUUCCUCCUGCUGCUGGCGAGAAGGUGCAUCCCUAAGUAUAGCACCUUUGGGGUUGUAAUGGUUAGUUGUUGGUUUGCUUCAGUGUGUGUGGUGUGCCAGUGGAUGGAGAACCUGCUGUGGCUGUGGUGUGAGCACAGGAUGUAUGUUGUAGGCUAUCUCUUGACAGUUGGGUCCCUCAGCUUUGCUGCUUGUUACAGACAUGGGCCUCUGGCCAAGGAGAGGAGCCAGCGCCUCCUGGCGUGGACGCUGCUUGCAGACUUCGUCCUUGGAGGAAGCCACUUGUAGCCCGAAGAAAUGAGUCUUCACCAAGAGCAGUACAGCCUGGGGGGGGGCGCCUUCCUGGAGGAGCAGCUCUUUAACCUGGGGACCAGGAUGUGUGCAGUAGCAGAAGUGAUGGUGGCAGAAGACCCAAGCGCAUGGGAAAGGACAUUACCUCACCGCCAGUCUGUUGUUUACCCUGCUAUGCCCACGUCUUGGGCCUGCCAUCGCCACUUCCACUCGGAACAGGAGGACUAG